CAGGACACAUCAGCGACCAUCUGAUAAUCAUAUGGGUAAAAAAUGAAUUAUUCUCAAGCACCCAAAUAGAAAUAGACAAACAAAUAGGAAUAAAACAAAACUCUGUAAAAAUGUCUACAAUUUUACAUUGUGAUUUUGAAGUGUUUGGAAUCGUUCAAGGAGUUUCUUUUAGAAUGUUUACCGAAAAGCAAGCGAAGAAAUUGGGUGUUCGUGGUUGGUGUAUGAAUACAAGGGACGACACUGUAAAGGGCGAAAUACAAGGUCCGCCAGAAGCCUUUAAUCAAAUGAAAAUAUGGCUAGAGAAAACGGGAAGUCCCACGAGUCGAAUCGAUAAGGCAAUUUUUGGACAAAUAAAGGAGAUCGAAAGCUUCACUUUUGACAAUUUUUCUAUUAGAUACUAGAUAAUGUUUAUAUAAAGUUGCACACAAUUCUUGAAGAAUAUGCCAAAACAAGUUAUGAUUUAAAACAAAAAAAAAAAAAAAAAAAUAAUAAUAAUAAUAAUAAAAUUAUGAAUGAAAAUUGUAUUUAAUUAAAAAUGAAAAUAAAUAUUCUUACACCCUUCUUCAUUUAUAAUUUUAAUAA